UAGCAUUAAUUUUGGGGAUUUUAACGCCCUCAAGUGGUUUAGCUUGGUAUUGCACUAUGUAUGAGCAGUACUACAAUGUGACCGCAAGGGGCCAGUACAGAUCCGGGUUUGUGAUUACUUUCUUUUGAAGGCCUUUAAAGGGGUUUAAUUGACAUAAAGAUUAAUUGAAUGAAAUAGAAAAAAUAACGCGAAUUUCUUCCUUUAAUUGUGACGAAGCGUUUGUUAUAUGUUAGGUUUCUAUUAAAAAUACAAUUAUUAAAGAUUUUUGAUGUACGUCCGUUUUCAUCCCGGAACUGACGUCACAGAGUAAACAGAGGGGCUGUCAGUGGACCAAGAAAUGAAGAAAAUUACGACUAAAUAAGGCCGUUUUUCUUAAAUAUUUGGAUUUUUACGCUGUCUUUGAAGCAUUUGUAUGAGAUCGGCGCAUAUAUUGUUAAAGGUAACCCGUUUACAGCAUGUUAUCGUCUCCUAAUGAGUCAUUUAUGCACCUGCUAACUGCUCUGAGCAGCUAAUGUAGCAGCGUCAGCGAGCAGCUCUCAGGAUGUUCAUUUCCGUCUUUACAAGAGGAUUUAUCGCCUUUGUUGAUACCACAGAGCCUGAUUUAUUGUAUUUAUCGGUGCAUACAUUGAGAUUAGUGCAGAUUUUAUUUAAAAUGAUAAGAAGACAUGCAUGUGAGUUACCAGCUGUUAGUCUGAGCUGUAUCUGAUCGUCCUCCAUCAGCUCUGAAUCCACAGAUCAGGACAGAAAAGAACCUCAGUCUUCACGGUUUUAUAGGGAGCUAAGUCACGUGUAAUAAAGUCACCUUUUCCUAACAAAUCUCUUUUUUUGUCAUGGUAUUAUUCACAGGUCACUCUUACUGAAAGAGCUGAUUCAUUAUUUCCACAGAUAUUUAUGUUUCAUAGUUUGAUAUCUCACCCUGUCGCUCUUCUUUAGGUUUUACAGGGACAGGACUGAUACUGUCCCACAAUGUUCACAGACAUGGACUACGAGCUGGAGGAGGAUAAACUGUGAGUCACUCUGACAUUUUCUUUUUGUCUCAGUUUGCAGAAAUCUCAGGCAUAUUUCAUUGCACCUUUGCUUUUUGUGGCACAAUCCAAAAAAAUCGAGAUGUAUUUAGUAAAAAUAGGGAAGCACAAUAUUAUUUCAUGAUAUACAGCAGAUGUGAUGGCGAUCUCACCCCGUAAAAGGUGUUCAUUAAGGAAUCUUGGAUUAAACUAUUAACCCUAAUUUUUAAACAAUCACUUUUAAAAAUAUCUAGGGUGUAUUGACUGAAUUCACAAAAAUAAUCACAUAGAAUAGUGAGUGCAAAAACAAGAAAGCAAUACUGGAAGCAGGACCCUGAGGCCCAAUCCCAAACCGACCCAUACACACUCGGCCUUCACUACCGAGUGUCACUCGUAAUGAAGUUACACUCGCAGCUGUGGAGUGUGCCUCAAUUGAAGUGGGAGGGUAUAAACAAGACGGCGGGUAUGGGAUGCCCUUCUCACUCCAUCGGAAAACGGAAAGGUUCAUCGCCAUAGCGACACAAAGACGCGUCCUGUGCAAGGCAGCGUUUAUUUUCUUUGUAAACGGAAAUCAUGUACGGUUCUGAGCUGCUCCAGCUGUCUUGUUUCUUCAUCCUUCCAGUAAAAUCCUAAAUCCAGGAACUAUUACAGUGACAGGAGCUAAAUUAUACUUCUGUUUGUUAGUGAUUGCACACGUCUUUGAACCCCUUUACUAUUUGACAUGUGCCUGCACAAUCAAAACAAAUGUCAGCACAGAGUACGAUUCCGGAGUUUCAUUUGAUCUUUCCAAACCACGUCUUUUGUUAAUUUUUUUUUGUCAGUAAGACAAAGGUGGACACAUACGGAACUUAUAUUUGUAUGUUGUUUCCUCCUCCUCCUUUUUUGCCGGUGCACUACCUGCAAAUGCUGCCAUGAGUGAGCAUCGGUGCAGACUCGCUAUUUGAGGGCUGAAAGGUCCAGUCGACCUCCUCACUCUGUGGUGUGGGACGACCUUCAAUAUGGCGGAGCCACCACAGGGACGCGCAAACGGAGGGAGAGUGUAUAGGGCGAGUGUUUAGGGGGCGGUUUGGGAUUGGGCCUAAAACAACCUACAACCGCACACAGCUGGAAAAGCUGUGUGGUUUCCUGAUUCCUGGUUCCCUGCCUCUAGUAACCAGUGACUCUCCUUUUAACUGCCUGUUUCUGUCAAUACCUCAGUGUGCAGGAAAGGAGCAGCAGCAGCUUCAUGUUGACAUGCAAUAUCUAUCUAACUUAUCACCCACACUGAAGCACACAUUAAAAUCAGCUACAACAAUCGGUGUUGGCAGAUAAAGGCUGGAAGAGUUUAUCAUGAGUAUAAGCAGAUUAGCCUGUACGCUCUACCUUCCUCCUUUCUUCUGUUUUAUUUAGAGAAGAGAAGAGUGAGGAAACAGAGCAUGAGUCUGCUGAGAGAUGCAGGAAAAGAUUAAUUUAUCCUUUUUUUUCUUAAACAGGGGGAUACCAACAGUCCCUGGUACUGUGUGUCUCAAGAAAGACGGGAAUAACCUCAUAGGGAUCAGCAUCGGUGGAGGAGCUCAGUACUGUCCUUGUCUCUACAUCGUCCAGGUAUGUACCGAACAUGAAUCACAAUGAUUAUGAAAUUAUUAAAAUCUGAUUCAGGUUUAAAUCACAACAUCAUGUCUCAGUUUGGAGAUAAUCUGAUUUAGUGACCCUAAAGCUCUGUUUAUUUCAGUCUGAGCAGAUCUCAUCUGAACACUUUUUAACCUGUUUUUAUUUUCCCACAGGUGUUCGAUAACACCCCAGCGGCUCUAGAUGGGACUCUAGCAGCAGGCGAUGAAAUCACAGGCGUGAACGGGAAACCAGUGAAGGGGAAGACUAAAGUGGAAGUGGCCAAGAUGAUUCAAGCUGUCCAGGUACACUCAUUAUUGGACAAACACCAUUGUUACAGCCUUGAACAACAUCUAACAUACUGACAUGCUUUGUUAUUAACAUCCUCUAAAUCUUUGUGGAGACACAGUCCACUUACGGACCAGUCCUGGGCACUCUGUGGUCAUAGUACUGUUUUUAAAAAAUAGGCAGGAAAUCUGUCAACUUUUGAGUGUUACUUAAACAAAACUAAGUUAAGCAAAUCAAACUGACUCCACUACACUGAUGAAUAGCAUCCUCUAAUGGAUAAAAAAAAGUACAUUUUGAAUUGAAUGAAUGUAAUCAAGAGAGUUCAAACAUUACUCACGUGUUUGUAGCAGAUUUGUCCGAAAGUAGUCCAGCAGUCGAGUGUUUAAUGAUGUAAAUCCACCCCGGGACAGCAGAGCAGAGGGGCUUCACUGGUCUUCUCCCCUGUGCUAGAAUUCUCAGAACAAAAGCUCACCGCGUUGGGCAGAGGGGCUGUGUUGGUUAAGGCCUCCAUUGUUUGCACCCGGCAAAUUCCCUGACUCCCUGCAUAAUGGAUUAAAGACGGGGUGCAGAGGGGGAUUUAAAGGAUUUACAUGAUGUUGCUGUUAGCCAUUCAGUGAAAAUACUGCCACACUAGGCACAAUGAAGCUGGCAUAGUUUUACUUUAUUUUAGUGCACAAUUAAAAGCUAAAAGAUGAUUUCUAAGAGACUCUUUAAUUAAUACCAUUCUAUAAGAGCUGAGACGCUGACAUUAACAAAAAAAGAAUUCAAUAGUUUGCAAAUCAUUUAAACCCCUUUUUUUUUUUUACUUACCCCAUUCAAUGCUGGUAAUGUUUUUCAAAAAGUUGGUGCAGGGAGAAUAAACACUGAAGGAAAACAAAUGUAAUCAUGAUCCAGAAACAGCAGCGGCUUCUGUAGGCUGGACUUCUUUAUGUUGGAGUGGGGCAAAGUGGAAAAUUGUCCGAGGGUCUAAAUAAAUCAAACUUCUUCUGCUCUUAAUAUGGGAUACGCCACCUGGCUUUUUAUCAGCACACCCUUCAAAAGACAGAGUCCAUGAUGAUAUGGGGGUACAUUAGUACACACCAUAAGGCUAGCAUGGAGUCAACAUUAAUGCUGAUCUGUAUAUGCAGUUUUGGGAGCAACAUAUUCUGCCAUUUUUCCUAUUCGAAGAGGAUCUUACAUAUCUUGAUACAAUGCCAAACCAUAUAUUAUUUACUUGUUACAACAUCAUGGCUCUGUAGAAGAAGAGUCCACAUGCUAAACUUACCUGUCUACAGCCCUGACUUGUCACCCAUUUAAAACAUUUUUAGCAUCAUGAAGCUAAAAAAUUACGAAAGAGACCCUGAGCUGUAGAGCAGCGAAAAAUUUUACAACUCAAACUCCAGAAACUGUUCUCCUCGAACAUUAACAGAGCGUUAUUAAAAGAAGGGAUGAUACCAAAACACGGUAAACAAGCCCCUAUCCACACUGUUUUGAAAAGUGUUUUUAGAUACUGAAUUAUAGAUAUUUAUAAAUUGACUGAUCACACUGAUACCGAUCAUUCUUUUGAAUGUGUCUGUUUUUGUUUAUUCCACAGGGAGAAGCAACAAUUCACUACAACAAACUGCAAGCAGACCCCAAACAGGGAAAAUCUCUGGAUAUAGGUACUUUUUCAUUUAGAUUCAUUUAAUUCUUUGUUUGUUUGUUUGUUUGUUUUUGUUGCAGUUUAAGAACCCUGAACUGGUUUACAUGUAACUUUUACCCUGAGCUCUCCUGUGCAUUAAACACACUUUUUUUGUGUUUCAGUGCUGAAAAAAGUCAAACAUCGUCUGGUAGAGAACAUGAGCUCUGGCACUGCUGAUGCUCUUGGGCUCAGCAGAGCUAUUUUAUGCAACGGUGGGAUGAUUAUAAAGAACAUUCAUAUUUUUAAGUGGCUUAUAGAAGUAGAUAUGAAUCUUGAUUUAUGUGGGUGUCUUUAACUUUACAGACGGGUUGGUGAAAAGACUGGAGGAGCUGGAGAAAACUGCAGAGCUCUACAAAGGUCAGCAAUGAUAUAAUCCUCUACAAAGCAAACAGUAGUGCUGUCAGUGUAUGUGCUAACUCAAAAUAGGCUCUGCUUUAGGAAGCAUUAAUCACAAGAAAGAGUUAAGUGUUGCUUAAACUAAUCUUCUGUUUGCUGCAGGACUGAUGGAGCACACUAAGAGACUCCUCAGAGCGUUCUUUGAGCUCUCUCAAACACACAGAGGUCAGUCACUGUCAGCAAAAUCACAAAGUGGUGCCAAGUUCAGAGACUAUGUACCUCUAAAUUCGACUAAUCAUCUCUAUAGCUCUCUGUUUAUCCCAGUUUUUAUGGUCUAAUACAUGUGAUUAACAUCCUGCAGCAUUCGGGGAUGUUUUCUCCGUCAUUGGCGUGCGGGAGCCUCAGGCUGCAGCCAGUGAGGCUUUCGUCAAGUUCGCCGAUGCUCACCGCUCCAUUGAGAAAUACGGGAUUCAGCUACUGAAGACCAUCAAACCUGUGAGUACACAUCAGGCCCAGGUCUGAAGUAUUUAUAUCAUCUCCUCUUCAAAACUUAGAUCAUGUUUUUGCUGUACAGAUGCUCCAUGAUCUGAACACGUACCUCAACAAAGCAAUCCCAGACACCAAGCUCACCAUCCGAAAGUACCUGGACGUCAAGUUUGAAUACCUGGUAAGACAUCAACCCUAAAGAUUAAAUUUGAACAUGUAGUGUAGUGCUCUAAAUCACAUAUGAAUCUUUCAGACAACAGAGAAACAUGAUGAUUUCUUUGUCUUUCAGUCGUACUGCCUGAAGGUGAAGGAAAUGGACGAUGAAGAGUACAGCAGUAUUGUGAGUCCUUAUUUCAUUUCUCUUAAAACGAGUUAAAGUUGGUGAAAUGACAAAGAGAAUAAGUUAAAAAAUUUGUUUCUUUUCACCUUCACAAAAGGGGAAAACAUGCAAACCUACUCUUUUCUACAAAGUAUUAUCAUCACAAUGUUUCCACUUCUCUAUGGUCCAUGUCAGACAUGAGCAGAAAAUGAACUUAAGGUGUUAAAACCUGAUACUCAAAAAACUUAUAAAACCUGGUAAGAGAUCAGGUAGAGCUCAUCAGCUGUCAGCUGUACUUCCAAACUUUCAGCUUACGUCAGCAGAAAGCUGUUGUUUCCAUUGUGCUGCACUUAAAAAUGUGUGUAUUACUACUCUCCCUUACUUUUUUUCCACCUCUCUUUAUUUAAUGCAAUGUCGAUCAAUUCCUAUUCUCACAGGCCAUGGGGGAGCCGCUGUAUCGUGUCAGCACCGGAAACUACGAGUAUCGUUUGGUGCUGCGGUGUCGACAGGAGGCUCGAGCCCGAUUUGCCAAAAUGCGGAAGGACGUUCUGGAGAAGAUAGAGCUGCUGGAUCAGAAACACGGUCUGUUGCUGUGUUCUUUACUUACUCAACUGGGUAAACCUUAACUCACAAGUCAAAACAGGGACAGUUCUUGGACUGUAGCUUUGUUUGAGUGAUUGCUAGGAUCAAAUUCUAUGCAAGGGUAAUUUUGAUCUAAACACGAUACACGAUAAGCAGUAUUAGGAUACAGAAUGAUUUGAAACAAAAGGAUAUGAUAUUACAUAUGAUGCAACAUGAUAUUAUCUUAGACUGUAUAUAGAAUGGACGCCAUCUGCCUGUCUACCCCGAGAACAGCACCCUCUGGUGACUGGCUGCAGUAUAGGUCAUAAAUCCCGCCUCCUCCAGCAAUCCCUAUGGAGCUGUGGACAAACUUUAGAAAUUGAUUACACAGAACAUACAUUUUUCUCCCCCAUGCUUAAGAUGUUGACAUUCAGUUACUACAAGACUGGUUUGUGCUCAAGUCCUCUUUUUUUCUGUACAGCUUCGUUUUUAAAGUUAUUAGGGGGUUCAUGUUUGCUAUGAUUGACACUUGAUACAGCCUAUGUGCGUACAAAGAUUGCGUAGCUCACCCGGGGGAUGCACUGUUUGAGCCGAGUGUCAUCACAGCGACUGUCCCGCCAGAUGUGUACAACACGAUUGCGCAAUGUUGGUUUCAGGAAGUGGAGAAAAAACCUCAAAUACUAAGAGCUUUUUGGCUUCAAAGCUGUAUACUGGUGGAAGGUUGUCCAAGUUGUCCACAGUAUAUAGAGUCUAUGCAUAUGAUGCAUUAAGGUGCAACACAAAGUGAUUUGAUAUGAUACAAAAUACUGUACUAGGUUGCAAUGCAAUACAGUACAUUACAAAAAUGCAGCUGUGAAAACCGAAUGGCUCUCUAGGAUGAACAAAAUUGUCUGAAUCUGUAUGUGAAUCAAUACAAUAUGUAGCACUGAGAGAUAUUCAUCAAAGACCUAAGUGCUGUAUAAAUGUAGCUGCCACCACAGCCAUUUAAAUAAAUAAAACCAUAAACAGUGUAAAGUAUGAAGUAAAGAAAUGACUCAGAUAACCUAAAGUCUGCUGUUUUUCUUCCUCCCCGUCUUCACCUACAGUCCAGGACAUAGUGUUCCAGCUCCAGCGCUUUGUCUCGGGUAUGUCACACUACUAUGACGAGUGCUACGCCGUCCUGAAGGAGGCCGAUGUUUUCCCCAUCGAGGUGGAUCUCUCUCGCACUAUGAUCAACUACAGCAGCCCGUCAUUCACUGGAGAGGAAGAGGACGAGGAGGAGGAGAAGGAGGGAGGAGGAGAGGGAGGCAGCAUUGGAAGACAAGCAGAAAACGGAGCUGAGAAACUGAUCGAUGAUGACUGAGUGUGGGUUUGUGUGUGUGAGUGUGUACAAGCUGAGAUCGUUGCAGUGCAAUAUAGCAGCUGUAUUAAUAACACUACUGUCAAAAUGAUGAUAAACUACUGAACUCCGUAAACUGCUGCUUUAUUGAUCUGCGUUGGUCAAUCGGGGGAGUUUUCUUUCUCAAAAACUUUGAAAUCAACAGCUGAAUCAUGAUUUUACUUUUUUCACUGUCAACUGUGUGUUAAAAUCAACUUGAGUUUCCACUUUGAGCUGAAUGUCAUGGAGGGUUUAAAUGAAGAGAUGGAUUUAUAUGCAUAUGAAGUGUGCCUUCUUAGCUCCUAAUGAAGUGUAAUGGGUCAUUGAAGUGUGUAGGAUUAGCUUAUUAUGAAUUCUCUCGGUUGCACAUCGAUUUUUAUGUUCUUAUUUCUUUUUCUACAACAUUGUGCUUAUUUUGGUUAUGGUUUUAUUUAUGUACUUAAAAAGAUAUUUAUCAGCUAUUAAAUGUGUUAAUUGACCCAGAUAGAUAAAAUCAUAAAACGUGAAGGUGUUGACUGACGCAGGUGACAUCCUGUGUGAAGUAUCUGUUACAUGCAGCUGUCAAAGUACACCUUUUUACUCUCUUUUCUCGGCCCAUUUUAAGUCAGGUCAAAAUAUGAUAAUUUCUGUCAAAACACGAGUGCUUUGCUCUCUGUCCCUCUCAGACAUGGGUAGAAACUGCUUUAGAAAUGCAAACACUGUCUGUAAAUAAGUGUGUACAAAGGAAAAGGGAGAUUUAAACUCUAGGCAUUCCUUGUCAUUCCUACUUUAUUUAUUCUUCUGUCAAUAAAAUGUUAUUCUGACCAAAACUGAGUCCAUGCUAU